AAGGAAACUGAAACUCUUCAGCUUUAGAACCAGGAAGCUCCCGUCCCUCUGUCCGUCCUGUGCUCGCUGCUCCCCGUCCCGUGUACGCAGCUCUCCAUGCUGGCCACUAAACUGUCCCAUUACAGGCUCAGUAGGGGAGAGGGCCAUUCAUCUGUUGUAUGAGUGCAGACUCUCGUCAUCGCUCCUCGCACCCACUGGCAAUGAAUGUGAGAUCGCACCCAGGGCAUCGCCCUCACCCGCUGUACCCUCAUAACCCUAACCCUGUUUCUUUGGUUAACCCUUUCCUCUCACAGGAGCAGCAAAAUCUCCUCAGAGAACAGAGAGCCUUUCUACUGAGUGGUCAGCCAGAAUUCCCCACUUAUCACAACCACACAGCCGCCUGGAGCUCUUACCGCCAACCGGCGCGGCACUACAUCUUUCAGCAUCCUCCUCCACCCAAAGUACGUCCACCUCCGCCCGCCUACCCUCCCAAGUGGCGCGCUGACAGAAGCACCCACGACCUGACAGAAGAUUUCCAGCGUCUCGACUUGUCUCACCACCCUCUAGAAAAUACUUUAUUGCAGAAAUUCAACGCCCUGCAUGAAGGUGACUUCCUGACCGCCAUUUCCUUAUCCAGGGGGUUAAGAAUCGAGAAAAAAACCGUCAACCGCCAUCUUUACAUCCUUGAAAGGAAGCACUUGUUGUAUAAAGAGGCAGGGAAGCCACCCAAGUGGAGACUAAUCAGGAGAUCCCUACACCUCACUAAAGAUCCCAAGGAAGAGCCAUCGUCUCCUGAGCAGUCAGCCGAAAUCAUGAGUGAGAACAAGGAGAAGCUGUGUGAGUACCUGUACCAGUCCCCGGGCUCCACUCCCGCCAGCAUCCGCAAGGGACUCGGCGUGUCCAAGCUGAACGAGAUCAACCAGCUCUUGACCACCCUGGAGAAGCAGGGCGAGGUGUGCCGGCAGGGCAACUCCUCCAAGUGGUCACUGACCGAUCGCAAGCGUGAGAGGUUGUUCCUGAAGAAGAGAGCGGCUGAGAUCCACGAGAACGAGAAGGCCGACCCCACCGUCGCCAAUUCAGAGAACGGACAGCAGGGGGCAACACCGGAGGUCAGCAGCUUGACGCCAGAAGUGAAUGAGGUGGCCGACAUGACCGUCGAGGAGCCGCCUGCUAAGCGAAUUAAAGAGAUGCCAGUGGAUUGUGAAAACGGCCGCUGGGCGCUGGACGAGGACACGGGCAGGGACGACGCUAUGGGAGAGACACCGUCUGCUUGUGUGCAGAAAUACGAGCCCACCGUGGUGCGCUCCCGACUGGACAAGCUGCAGGAGUGCCAGGCCAAGAACCCCGUGAGCGGGCUGCUCGAGUUCACCAACUUCUUCUCCCUUCACUGCGACUUUGUGCUCAUGGACCAGAGUGGGCCGUCCCACGACCCCAGGUUUAAGAUCCAGGUGGUGAUUGAUGGUCGCCAAUUUCCAGAGGCCGAGGCCAGCAGCAAGAAGACUGCAAAGAAGGAGGCCGCCUCGCUGGCCCUACGGAUCCUCCUGCGUGAAGAACAAGGAGGCACCCAGGAGGAGGUUCUGGCAGAGCAGAUCCCGAUGGAGACCCCCGAAGAUGUGCCGAAAAGUGCUCCUCAGAUUGGGGGGAAAAACCCAGUCAGCAUUCUGAUGGAGCACAGCCAGAAGUCUGGGAACACUUGCGAGUUCCUGCUCGUGAGUCAGGAAGGACCCCCUCAUGACCCCAAGUUCAAGUACAUGGUGAAAAUGGGCAAUCAGACGUUCCCAGAGAUGGUGGCCAACAGUAAAAAGCUGGCAAAGCAAAUGGCCGCCGAGGCUGCCGUCAACCAGCUGCUUGGAGACAACCUUUUACAGCCAGAAAAGACUGAGCCUGUUCAUGAGGUCGUCGCCACUGAAUUUCCCCCCAUCCCGGAGCUUUCUGUCGAGGACCUGAAGAUGGCGCAGCAGUCGGGCGUCGGGGAGUUCAUCAAGUAUCUGAACGCCAACCCUGUCAGCGGUCUCCUGGAGUACUCCCGCGCUAAGGGCUUCGCAGCAGAGUUUAAGAUGGUCAGUCAGAGUGGACCACCGCAUGAUCCCAAAUUUGUGUUCCAAGCCAAAGUCGGGGGUCGGUGGUUUCCUCCAGUCACCGCAUCAAACAAGAAGCAGGCUAAAGCCGAGGCGGCUGACGCUGCCUUGAGGGUCCUUAUUGGAGAGGCUGAAAAAGCGAUUCGGGAAGGAGACAGCAUGACUGAGCUUCCUGUGACCGGUAGCACGUUCCACGACCAGAUUGCCAUGCUUAGCCACCACAAGUUCAACAGCCUGACAGCCCGCAUCCAAAACAGCCUCCUGGGCAGGAAAAUCCUGGCGGCCAUCAUCAUGAAGCGCCACAGUGAGGACCUGGGCACGGUCGUUAGUAUUGGCACUGGUAACCGGUGUGUGAAGGGCGAGGAGCUGAGUCUGCGCGGGGAGACUGUCAAUGACUGCCACGCUGAGAUCAUCUCACGCAGAGGCUUCAUCAGGUUCCUGUACGAUCAGCUGAUGAAGUAUAACCCCGACUCUCCGGAGGACAGUAUAUUUGAGGAGUCUGAGGGUGUGAUGCUGAGGGUUCGCCCUGGGGUCACCUUCCACCUCUAUAUCAGUACCGCUCCCUGUGGUGAUGGGGCGCUCUUCGACAAGUCAUGCACUGACCAGCCCUGUGCGGAUGGAGACAAGCAGCAUUACCCGCUGUUCGAGAACCCCAAACAAGGGAAGCUGCGAACCAAAGUGGAGAAUGGGGAAGGCACUAUUCCUGUAGAGUCCAGUGACAUCGUCCCCACCUGGGAUGGCAUCCAGCACGGGGAGAGGCUCCGCACCAUGUCCUGUAGUGACAAGAUCCUGCGGUGGAACGUGCUGGGGCUUCAGGGAGCGGUCCUGUCGCAUUUCAUCGAGCCGGUGUACCUCAGCUCCGUCACUCUCGGAUACCUGUACAGCCAGGGUCACCUUUCACGGGCGAUCUGCUGCCGGAUGGCCAGGGACGGGGAAGCCUUCCAGCGAGAGUUACCAGAUCUCUUCGUGGUCAAUCACCCCGAGGUUGGACGGGUCAGUGUCUAUGAUUCUCAUCGGCAAACUGGGAAAACCAAGGAGUCCAGUGUGAACUGGUGCUUGGCAGACGAGGAGGUUGAGGUUCUGGAUGGAACAAAGGGCAAAGUGGAAGGGUCCCGGCAGGAAGUUUCUCGGGUUUCGAAGCUCCACAUGUUUGUCUUCUUCCAAAAUCUGUGUGUCCUGCGUGGCCGCCAAGAGCUCCUUUGUCACACAUCCUACAGUGACAUCAAAGCGGCGUCCAUCCCCUACCAGCAGGCUAAAGGACUUUUCGUUAAGGCCCUGCAGGAGAUGGGCUACGGGAGCUGGAUCAGCAAACCCCAGGAGGAGAAGUGCUUCACUCUGCCCACAAAUUAACGACGUGCGGUUUUCCAGGCGCUCUCUUGUUUUUUUUGUAUUGGAAUGUCACUAGGUCUGCACUGAUGGGGGCUGGGGGAGACGACCCAAGUGCCAGUCUGCCAGGCUCCUCCAGAAACCUAGCUGAACCCCUUCCUGCCCCCCGUGUGCAGAGUUCCAUCUGCCCACCAUGAAAUUCUCCAUUUUAACUGCUCGGUCAAUCUCUGGCUGUAACAUAAAUUGUCACUUUCCGUACGGCACGUGGCAGGCGCCGAUGGAUCCAGUUUACUCUUGAAGGCUGGGUCUGCCAGCGUCGUCCUCUUUGGCCCUACAGAGUUCAUGUCAUGGUCCACCUGUUGCUAGGCAACGGGCCAACGUAAUGACCAUAAUUCUGACCCUUUAAGAACCAAAGUAGCCGCCAUUAAAUUUGACUAUUCCAAAGGAAGGUACGGACCGCUGCUGGCACACGUGAGCAGUGCGCGCUUUCGUGUCCCGUCCGUUGGUGGUAGCACCUCUGUUAGCCAUCUUGGUUCUGCUGGGUUUCUGCAAGGCUCUUGGCAGCACUGGCGCCGACCCAGUUUUCUUUUAGUGUUUGCUCUCAGCCUACUUUUUAUUUUUUAUAUAGUUAGUUUUUUUGCAUUCGGAGGCUGUGCGGUUUCGUAGUCCUUGGUUUCCCCAUGCACGUCUGACUGCCGCCGCUUCCUGUUAGAUCCGUAGUCAGACAUCGGCCGCUGUAACAUUCGCCAGUUUGGUUCUUUUUAUUUUUUUAGGAACAUUCCACAUCUAAAGUUUUCCCAAACUGGAUUGUGUCCUCCCAGGUGUCAGGAUCUUUUUCUAUCUCCGAUGUACAUAGCUCCGCCCUCCGCCGCCGCUUUGCGUGUUCUUCCCGUGUCGUAGGCAUUGGAGUUGCAUGAUUUUUUUUUUUAUUUUAAUUGUUUCUGUAGGUCAGUUUUAAUGAUGAGACCAGCCGGACGGUGAGACACCGCCAACCUUUGUAAGACGUGGCUGGUCUUAAACAAUGGAGAUAUAUAUUGACAUAAAUUAAAGUGACACAAUAAAGAUUGUUAAAUCCGGCUA